AUGGCCAUGCACGGCGGCUCGCUGCAGCCGAGUCGUGCAUCAGCGCCGCCCUUUCGAUUGCCACUGCAGGCCGCUCCCUCGACUCGAUCCAUGCUCACCAUGCUCAGCGUUUGGAUCCAACGCACCGCCAACGCACCGCCGAUCGACGCAGGGCAAGCGUACGAGCCUGAGGGUGGGGUGACGGACCAGCGUUGCGCAGACCACGCUUUCGAUGCGCAGACAAGCUCGGGCUCUUUUGGCAUUUGCGCGCUGUCACUUUUUCUGCCAGCCGAGCGAUUUUGGGAUGCACAGCCUCAUGCCUCGUCCCUGCUCGAUCGGCCGCCGCGCGCGCGCACCGUGCCGUCAGAAAAGAAAGACGCCGAGCAGGCGAGGGCCGGGUGGUGUUGUGGAUGCACCGAAGAUUUCAGCUGCAGCUCGCCUCCGAACCAGCAUGUGCCUUUCGGCCGUCGAGGGCAUGGCCUUUGUGCCUUUUGCCUUCUGCCUUCCAGUUCCGCUGCAACAUGCACGCUUCUCGCCUCGCCCAUACGCGAUCGACAGAUGGCUGGUGGAUCUGCACGCCCACCGCGCCCCCCGCUAGCUCCAUUCAGAGGCAUCCGUGCCGGCGGUACAUUAGCGUGCAGUUACGGGGCCCUUAUCUCUGGUCACCUUCCGGAUGGACAUGCGAGAAUGCCGUACUUGAGAAAUGUUAGCACAAUCGUUCGAACAGAGGAAGCGAAAAUGAGAAAAAUCGGUGAUGAGGAACCGUCCACAGCCGAUGAGAUCCGAUUCGAGCUUUGGCGCCAAGCCGCAAGCUCUCUUGGCUCGAGCUGCACGCACCGCACAUCGUCCCGACCGACCCCACCGACAUCCUCCUCGCGCCCACCACCCACCUCGACGCUCAGGGUCCAGCCAGUCAGUCCGACGACGACAGCUUUGCACCAUCGCAUCUUCCUCCGCAUCUUCCUCCGCAUCGCACUCCGCAUCGCACAUUGA